AUGUUGCUGUUGAAUUCUGGGUCAUUCACUCAUUCAUUUACAGGAUUCCAUACUUCUAUUCUCGGUUAUCGAGAUAUAAAGAAUCCAGCUGAAACUAAAUCAUCUGCUACUGCACCAACUCCAGCAAUUGCUUCAUGUCGGAGGAAGAAGAAAGAUGAUGCGACUUUCCUAGAGGAUUCAAAGGGCCAUAUUGAUGAGUUUAUCGAUGCUUCCAUGGAUGAACAUAAGUCAUGCUUCACAAAAACCAUUCAAAAGAUGUUUUCAAUAUCGAAGGUAGUGGCACAAAGGAAUUCUGAGCAGCAGGAAGUAGAGAGUGUUCUACCACUUCAGACUACAGUCUCAAAGUAGACCAUCUGAAAAUACCUCUGUUUUUUU